GCAACGGCUGAAGAGGGAUGAUCUGGUUCGCCUGUACUGCGCAGUGAACGACACCGAAAGCGGCUUCCGAAGAUCAGCAAGAAAGGUAGAGGAGCUUAUAGCCAGUUGGACAAAGAAUGAGUUAGUCGAUGCUCUUAUCGGUGCACGCGAGCAAGUCGAACCUGCGACACACUUCAGUUCAACGCGUUCAUCAUCUCUCGUUCGCACUCCAACACCUCCAAGAGAUCUUACACGCUCAAAAUCGCGCUCCUUACACGUCAAGAUCCCUACGCCUCCUCAUAGUUCAGCGGAUGAAACAACCUAUGCUGCAACAACUGAGGAAGGUGAAGAUUCUGAAGAACUAGAGGAAGAAGAACAGACUCCUAUCCCUCCGCGGAAGACUCGAAGUUCCGGCCUCAAGCGCAGCACUACAUUCGUCGUCAACUUUUCUCCUCGCCGGACACGAAGUGGUUUGGAUAUCUCGGGACUAGCCCGGUCCCAGUCCAUGAAUGACGCGACUGCUGCGGGUUCGCAGAAGUCAAAGUCCGGCCUGCGCCGGACUGGCAGUACACGGAUCCUCAGCGAGAACUCACCCACGGACAGCACCGGCGAUAUUCGCACCCGCCUGCGCAAUCGGCCUGCACCGAAGUCAGGGGAAGCUCGGAGUUCAAACUUAAUGAAUGCUGCUCAACGCAGGACGCGGUUCUAUAGACGCAGCAAGGGAAGAAUGGGUAAUCUCAAGGAAGUUUCGGAGGAGCAGGAGGAAGACGAGGAGCAGGAGGGACACGAAAUCGAAGAGGGACAGGAAGACGAUGACGAGAACGAGGAGCACGAGGAAGAUGAAGAGCAAGAAGAAUACCAGACGGAUGAUACUGCAGGGGAAGACGCUGCACCACGCAGUGCCCGUCGUCGCACUGCCAGACGAUCACGCUCUUCUGGCCGCAUACAUGCCCGGCCUCAGCCACACUCUGGACCUCUGACACGCUCUGCAUCUCUGCGCUCAGUAAACUCCGUGCAUUCACCUGCGGCGAACACGAUUCGCAGACGGCUUCGCUCAAGCAAGAACCUUGCCCUAGAAGAGGAAGAGGAAGAUGGUGAUGAUGAAGGAGAUGAAGAGGACGGCCGCUCCGAGAUUGACGCGUCCCAGGCAGACGAGGAGGAAGUCCAGGAGUCUGUCGAAGCUGCAACCAGUGAGGAGGAAGAGGAAGAGGCCGGUAGUGAAAACGAACAGCCCAGCAUCAUCGAGCUGUCCGAUGAUGAGGCGGAGGAAAGUCAAGACAUAAUUGAAGUUGAUCGCUAUGGAAAUCCCAUUCACACUGAUUCGGAGGUUGACGGAGCGCAGACGGAAGCGUCCGAGACGGGCGAUGACCAGGACACCGAAACGGCAGAGGCUGAUGCCAUGGAUGAAGAUGAGGGUGAGGAUGGCGACUAUGUAGACUUGGCAGAUGCCACCGUCAAGUCUCUCACACGCAUGAAACGCGAUGACCUCGUGCAGCUGUGUGAAGCUCGUGAGAUUGACAUUUCCGGUACCAAGCCUCAGCUAGCACAUGCUUUGCUUGAAUGGCGCGACUCACACGCUGAAGAUGACUCUUCUUCGUGUAUCAGUAUACCAGAUAGUGCCAGCAGCGGUUCGACUGCCCGCCCUAACACGCCAAAGACCAGACGCACCAGAGGAAACGGCAAUGCCAGACAUCCUGUACGGAAUGGCGUACCGGAGACACCCAUCUUGCUACGGUCCUCGCACAUUCAUGUUGAGCAACCUGCCACUCCUCCAAUGUCCCAUGGCAUGACUCCCGUCAUCAACGUCCAGACCGCCACGCCUCAGCCGGAGCACCAGACCGAACCGGAACUUGAUCUCGACUUGGAGGAGUUGGGUCUUGAGGAGAAGGAGAUCCCACCCGAGAAGUUGACCAAGUUGGAGAAGAUCGGUAGUGGAGGCUUCAAGGACGUCUUUGUCGGCAAAUACCGCGGGCGCAAGGUCGCACUUGCCGAGAUUCGUGGCCAACUGACUCAGAUGGACAUCAAGGAACUCACCCUCCUGCGCGACUUCGAUCACCCAAAUAUCGUCAGGUUCCUCGGAGUUAGCGUCCCCGAAAAUACUCGAGAAACGCCUGUCAUGAUCAUCAGCGAGCUCUGUGCUAACGGCGAUCUCUAUGACUACAUCAGGAACGUUCCCCCACCACCGCUCAAGAAAGUCAUUGGCAUCAUGUUGGACAUUGCCAGCGGUCUUCGUUACCUGCAUGAGCUCAAACCUGCUGUUAUUCACCGCGACUGCAAGUCGUCUAACAUUCUCAUUACGACUGCUGUUCAUGCAAAGAUCGCUGACUUCGGUCUGGCAAAGGUGAAGCAGUCCACACGUUCGAUGAUCCGGAGCGUCGUUGGGACUGUCAACUGGCAAGCACCCGAGCUGUGGCAUCCUCAUCCCAAGUACGAUUACAAGGUUGACGUCUUUUCUUGCGCCAUGGUGUUCUGGGAAAUCCUUCAAUGGCACAACCCGAAUAAGAAAUACCCCUGGGAAGGCAUGAAUGAACACGCGAUUUAUGAAGCCGUCGGUCAGAAGCGGCUACGACCUUCCACGUCUGGUCUCCGCAAGCAGUGGACACCUGCACUUGUUGAUUUGGUAGAACAAAUGUGGGCCCCCGACCCCCACGACCGCCCCAGCAUGGCGGAGGUGUACAAUGCACUCCAUCGCAUUCUUUCGGAGCUUUGAGAUCUCCUUGUCUGAAAUAAUCCUUUCCAAUUCGCAACACGCUCUCCAUUGUAGACAUACCUCUGGUUCCAGUUUCUUUUUGUUCGUUCUGUACGAAUCAUUGCGUGUUCCGUCUUCAUUGCACACGCAGUUCACGCGUCCAACUAACAUCCCAAGGCCAGUUACUGCACGAUUGAUAUACCUCUAUACUGUUUAUUCCCUCCUUCAACUCGCAACUGUACUAC